UCUUCUUCUACUUUCUUUCUAUUUUCCAAUUUUCAAAACUCUUUACUCAUUUCUUCCUUAUCUAUUUUAGACCUUCGACCCCCCCACUCUUUAUUAAAAAUAAAUUCCCAGUCUUAUCAUAUACACUACUUCAUAUUUUAUACAAUCACAUUUAUAGCCUCAGGUGUCUACGUGCUUACUUCCUUGUCAUACUUGUUAUUCAAUGAAGCGUUAAUUACCCCUUAUUCGUUUAAGCAGCGAGCGCACUUGUCCAAACUUCAAUUUUCCUAUAUAUCAGGUGUAGUAUAUAUAAAAGAAUUUGAAAGUUUGAGUUUAACAAAUGGCACCCAACAAGAAUGGUCGUGGCAAAACAAAGGGAGACAAGAAGAAGAAAGAAGAGAAGGUUCUCCCAGUUGUAAUGGAUAUAACGAUAAACCUUCCGGAGGAGACUCAAGUUAUUUUAAAGGGAAUAUCUACGGAUAGAAUUAUCGAUGUUCGUCGAUUAUUAUCUGUCAAUACAACAACUUGUAAUGUCACUAAUUUCUCACUGUCUCAUGAGUUAAGGGGUCCACGUUUAAAAGAAACAGUGGACGUUUCCGCACUGAAGCCCUGCAUCCUGACUCUUAUCGAAGAGGAAUACGAUGAAGAAAGCGCAACGGCGCAUGUUAGAAGGCUGUUGGACAUCGUCGCUUGUACAACGAGUUUUGGGCCGUCGGGGACUAGUGGUAAAGAGUUGAAAACUGACUCUUGCAAGAAUGCGCGAGGUGUGCAGGAUAACAAGAAUGCUAAGAAAUCCAACAAGGUUCGUGGGAAUGAUAAGUCAUCGUCGCCGCCACAAACGCCAACUCCGGUGGCGCAACAGCUGGGUAAAGAUGCGGGAUCGGAAGAAGUUGAUGGAGAGAUGAGCAAUACUUGCCCUAAGAUUGGAAGCUUCUAUGAGUUCUUCUCGCUUUCUCAUCUCACGCCUCCUCUUCAGUUCAUAAGAAGAGCAACAAGACAACAAGAUGAUGAAGUUUUGCCAGAUGAUCAUCUUUUCUCUCUUGAAGUGAAACUUUGUAAUGGAAAGCUGGUUAUUGUUGAAGCUUGCAAGAAAGGAUUUUACAACUUUGGAAAGCAGGGGAUUCUUUGUCACAAUCUUGUUGAUUUGUUGAGACAACUCAGUAGAGCAUUUGACAAUGCAUACGAUGAUCUCAUGAAAGCAUUCUUGGAGCGUAAUAAGUUUGGGAAUCUUCCAUACGGAUUCAGAGCCAACACAUGGCUUAUACCACCUGUGGCAGCACAGUUGCCAGCUAUUUUUCCACCUCUACCUGUGGAGGAUGAUACCUGGGGAGCAAAUGGAGGUGGUCUAGGCCGAGAUGGAAAAUUUGAUUCUUUACCUUUUGCCAAUGAAUUUUUGAAUGUUGCAUCCAUGGCUUGUAAGACAACAGAGGAGAGGCAGAUCAGAGACAGGAAGGCUUUUAUUCUUCAUAGUUUAUUUGUUGAUGUCGCCAUUUUACGAGCCAUUUCAGCUGUAAAGCAUGUCAUGGAGAAAGUUAAACCAGCUCAUUGUGAUUUGAAUGGAGAAAUCAUUUAUAAUGAGACAGUUGGGGACUUGAGCAUAUUUGUUACCAAAGAUUCUUCAAAUGCUAGCUGCAAAGUAGAUACCAAAAUUGAUGGAUUUCAAGCAACUGGAAUAGCUAUGAAGAAUCUGAUGGAAAGAAAUUUACUGAAGGGGAUAACUGCUGAUGAAAAUACUGCUGCCCAUGAUAUUGCUACUUUAGGUGUUCUGAAUGUAAGACAUUGUGGUUAUAUUGCAACUGUAAAAGUUCAAGGAAAAGAAAAUGACAAAGUGGGCAGCCCACUGCAAAGCAUGGAACUUGCUGAUCAGCCUGAUGGUGGUGCAAAUGCCCUCAAUAUCAACAGUUUACGCUUGCUCCUUCACAAGAAAGUGGACAACAAGGUAAUGCAUUCAAAACCUUCAGAAACUGAAGAGCCUAAUUGCUCUCAGGCAUUUGUAAGGAGAAUACUAGAAGAGAGUCUUACCAAACUUGAAGAAGAGAAAAUAGAAGGUGACUCUUUCAUCAGAUGGGAACUUGGUGCAUGCUGGAUACAGCACUUACAAGAUCAGAAAAAAUCAGAAAAGGACAAGAAACCCUCCGCUGAGAAGAAAAAAAAUGAGAUGAAGGUUGAGGGACUUGGAAUACCUCUUAAGUCCCUUAAGAACAGAAAGAAGAGCACAGAUGGAACUAACAUGGAAUCCCAGUCAGAAAGCUUCAAAUCUGCCGCAGAUGGUGUUGGAGGGGGAUCAGAAAAACCUGUCCUGCAGUCUGGGGAGUCUCAGUUUGAGACAGAUACAGAUCAAAAUCAGGUCGUCCUCAAGGCAUUGUUGUCUGAUGCUGGCUUUACAAGGUUGAAGGAGUCAGAGACUGGACUUCACCUUAAGUCUUUGGAAGAGCUGAUUGAUCUGUCACAGAAGUACUAUAAUGAAGUUGCCCUGCCAAAGCUGGUGGCUGAUUUUGGCUCUUUAGAACUCUCACCAGUAGAUGGUCGAACCUUAACUGAUUUCAUGCAUACCCGAGGUCUACGUAUGCGUUCUCUUGGACAAGUAGUUAAACUUUCUGAGAAGUUAUCACAUGUGCAAUCUCUUUGUAUACACGAGAUGAUAGUCCGAGCUUUUAAACAUAUUCUUCAAGCAGCUAUUGCAUCAGUUGUUGACAUUGAAGAUAUAGCUGCGAUAAUUGCUGCUGCCUUGAAUAUGAUGCUUGGGGUACCUGAAAAUGAUGAUUCAAAUGAGUACGGUGUUGAUUCUUUGAUCUGGAGAUGGCUGAAAUUAUUUUUGAAGAAGAGAUACGAAUGGGAUGUUGGCAGCCUGAACUACAAAGAUAUGAGGAAAUUUGCUAUCCUCCGUGGUUUAUGCCAUAAGGUGGGAAUUGAACUGGUUCCAAGAGAUUAUGAUAUGAGUUCAGCAAGUCCUUUUCAGAAAGUAGACAUUGUCAGCCUAGUACCAGUGCAUAAGCAAGCUGCUUGCUCUUCUGCAGACGGAAGACAGCUUUUGGAAUCAUCCAAAACAGCUCUGGAUAAGGGAAAACUUGAAGAUGCGGUCAGCUAUGGGACUAAGGCUCUUGCCAAGCUGGUCGCAGUAUGUGGUCCAUACCAUCGAAUGACAGCUGGAGCUUAUAGCCUUCUUGCUGUUGUUCUGUAUCACACCGGUGAUUUUAAUCAGGCCACAAUCUAUCAGCAAAAGGCCUUGGACAUAAAUGAAAGAGAGUUGGGCCUUGAUCACCCAGACACUAUGAAAAGUUAUGGUGAUCUUGCAGUUUUCUAUUACCGACUUCAACACACAGAGUUGGCUCUCAAGUAUGUAAAACGAGCUCUUUAUUUGUUGCAUCUCACAUGUGGCCCCUCCCAUCCAAAUACUGCGGCGACAUAUAUAAAUGUGGCUAUGAUGGAGGAAGGGCUCGGUAAUGUGCAUGUUGCUCUCAGAUAUCUCCAUAAAGCUUUGAAGUGUAACCAAAAGUUACUCGGUCCAGACCAUAUUCAGACAGCUGCAAGUUAUCAUGCUAUAGCAAUUGCCCUCUCUUUGAUGGAAGCUUAUCCUUUGAGCGUUCAGCAUGAGCAAACAACCUUGCAGAUACUUCGAGCAAAGCUUGGUCCAGAUGAUCUUCGCACACAGGAUGCUGCUGCAUGGCUUGAGUAUUUUGAGUCGAAGGCUUUUGAACAGCAAGAAGCUGCUCGAAAUGGAACUAAGAAGCCUGAUGCAUCAAUAGCCAGCAAGGGUCAUUUGAGUGUGUCAGAUUUGCUCGACUACAUUAAUCCAAGUCCAGAUGCCAAAGGGAGAGAUGUUGGAUCAAAAAGAAGAGGUUUUGUCUCAAAGGCUCUUAUUUCUCAGGUGAAGGGAAAAUCUGAUCAAAACAAUGUUGCCAUACCAAACUCUGACACUUUUAAAGAUGUUCCAAAAGAAGAGACAGAUGAAAAGAAACAAAUUGUCGAAGAUCACACUGAUCCCAAGAUGAAUAUGGAACCUGUUGACACUGUAAUUGAAUCCCAUCACAAUGGAGAUGGAGGAAUUACUGAGAACAAACCCAUCCAAUCUGGACCAUUGUUAAAGGAAACUUCAAUUGAGAAGUCUAUGGUCCGUGAAGUCUUAUCUGAACCUUCUGCUGAAGCAGAAGAUGGAUGGCAGCCAGUGCAGAGACCAAGGUCAGGUGGUUUCUAUGGACGAAGACGAAGGCAGAGGCGUCAAACCAUCAGCAAGGUUAUUGGUUACCAGAAAAAGGACCCAAUUUCUGAUGUUGAUCAUGCUAAAUUGAAGAAUAACUAUCAAGCUAGUAAAUAUUAUGUCUUAAAGAAACGGACAUCACCAGGAAGCUAUGCAGAUUAUUACUUAGCAAAAAGUCAGGCUUCUGGUACCAAACUUGGUCGAAGAGUCAUAAAAGCUGUAGCCUACCGUGUGAAGUCUGUGUCAUCUUCUGUCAGAGAUGCUGUUCCUGAGAUCUCCACAACUGGAGGAGAUUUGUUAAAUACUUCAUCAGAGCAGGUCCAAGUUUCUGCAACAAAGGAGGUUGGAUCACUAUCAAAGAGAAGUUCAAUAGUAAACCUAGGAAAAUCUCCUUCCUAUAAGGAAGUAGCACUUGCCCCGCCAGGUACCAUUUCUAUGUUGCAGGAGAGAGUUUCUGAAGAUGAAAUUCCUGAUAACCCAGACGUUAUGAAACUUGAAAAGGAGAGCAAUGGAGCAGAAGAAAAUUCCAAAAUAAUGGGAAGAGAUGCAGAAUCCAUGGAGAAAGAGAACAUUCAGGAUCUAGUUGCAAAUUCUUCUGAUCAUGUAAAAAGUGAAACAGUAGAUACUGACAGUAAAGAAGAAAUUCAAAUGAGUGAUCUCAAAGGUGGUGAAAUUUCAGAUCUGAUAUCUGCAAAUGCAUCUAUUCAACCCGGCCAUGUUGAUGUUAGUCCAAUGGAACAGGGUAGUGUCAAGACUCAUAAUGUCCCUACUUCUGACAAUUCUCCCAAAGCGGAUCCCUGUGAAAAGGACUCAUCAAGCAAUUUAAAUCCUGGCGUUAUCUCAAAUAUGACCUUGCAAGAUAUGGAUCAUCUGAAGGUAAAAUCUGCGUCAUCUCAUGCAAGUGAUGCCAGUCGAGAAUUGUCCAGAAAGCUAUCUGCAUCAGCAGCACCAUUCAGCCCUUCCCCAGCUGUUCCCCGCGGUACCCCAUUACCUAUGAACAUUAAUCUCCCUUCUCCUCCUGGAACACGACCACCGAUUGGUCCUUGGUCAGUGACCAUGUCUCUUCAUCAAGGACCACCGACCAUCUUGCCUAGUCCAAUGUGCUCCUCCCCUCAUCACCUGUACCCUUCACCUCCACACACCCCAAACAUGAUGCACCCAUUGCGCUUUAUCUACCCUCCGUAUUCUCAACCCCAGACGUUACCUCCAAAUACAUUCCCCAUGAGUAGCAGCACUUUCCAUCCGAAUCAUUAUGCUUGGCAAUGCAAUAUAGCUCCUAAUGCAUCAGAGUAUGUUCCUGCCACAGUUUGGCCUGGCUGCCACCCAGUCGAGUUUUCUAUCUCACCACCUGUGAUUGAGCCUAUAACUGACUCAAUUUCCUCUGCUAAGGAGAUAUCUGAUAAUCCUGAAAAUAUUACUUUGACAACAAGCUUACUAGUUGAUCUCAACACCGGGGAUGAAGUCAAGGAAGAUGUAAAUCUUCCAGCAUCAGAAACAGUGGAGAACAUAGCUGCAGUUGUACCAGAAAAAGAGAGAGCAAGCAACACUCCAGAUUCACAUUUUGUUACCUCGUCUAGUGAUCAAUCAAAAGAGGGCAGUGGAUCAAAUCAUGUGCAAAGAAAUCUUACGGAGACGGAUAAUGAGAAGACCUUCAACAUUUUGGUACGGGGCCGGAGGAAUCGCAAACAAACUCUAAGAAUGCCUAUAAGUUUGCUCAAGAGACCAUAUUCUUCUCAGCCCUUCAAAGCUGUAUAUAGCAGGGUAAUAAGGGAGACUGAGGUUCCCAGCUCUACCAGCUUUGAUCCACAUGAACAUGGCAUAACGACUGCUACUUGAGGCUGUUUCUAUGUCUUUUACGAGAUAAUACUAGCAGAAUGGUCUAUUGAAGCUGAGUAUACAUAUCUGUUGGUCGUAUAUCAUGACUGCUGGACUUUAUUGCUGUUCCAAUUCUCAUGACUAUGAUGUUAGUUGGCUUUCAGACUAUGCCUCAGUUUAACUUGAAGGUUUACUUCUCAACAUACUUUUUGAUGCUAAGGAGUUGUCUUUUCUGUGUAAGCUUUACAGUUUGGCUAUAACAUUGUCUUUUUAGGAGCAUACUGCAAUAUAGAAUUAAAUUGUCGUCUUGUUUCUCAGUUGCUAGUGAUUAUUGGUUUCACUGACUUGUAUACAUAACCAAAUUAUUCUUCAACUGCUCCAACAAAGUAUAUCUGCAUCUGAUUUAGGACUUGCAGAGUUGUAUGCAAUGCAUUCUUCUAUAAGUUCAAUCUAAAAUGAUCUGGAAAGAAUUCUGAGA